GUUUCGGUGGUCGGUCUCUUGAUUUGUCUCCUCUGUCUGGAGCAGCGGCAGCAUACAGCAGAGAGCAAGCCAACCCAGUGCCAUCUACACGAGCCCUGGUGGCGUUCCAUUUUAUAUCUAACGCAACAACUUGCUGCCUCAUCGACUUCAUCGUCUAGUCGCUCAUUAGAUAAACCUUGCUGCGAGUUUGGGAACUACUGCUUGUACGCCAAAGUUGAAUGGGCAUCCCGCUUUCGCCGGGAGACGAAGAGCCACCUGCAGAUGCAACCGUCGAUCUCUGUCUUCUCUGAAGCAGAUAGAGGCUCAGUCUGUCGCUCGAUUUGAGCGUUGCGGGCUAGCUGCAAGUGUCUUUGACCGCCACAUUACACAAUGAACGAGAUGGAAGUCCUACCCGGCAUGACUUGCCGCCCUUCUCUACUGCCACCUUCAGAACAACACACGGAAGCACACAUGCACCGACAAGUGCUUGCGGAGGACACGUAUUCGGUAGAUACAUAUUCUUGGAACAGGGCAAGGAAAAAGAGAAGAUCCCCACAUAAUGACAGCGAAGCAAGCGACGAGGAUCUUGGCGGGCCAUCAAGUGGACCUCUCUCGCCAAAUAAACGCAUACACGUCGAAAACAGCACGGCUCAAAUCUGCCACCCUAGUGGCGUUUCAAUUGCGGUUAACCCGUCUCAUAAUGCACGAACGCAGCCUCUUCCACAUGCAGCCCCAGCAAAUCCCACACCCAACUCUGUCACUCCUUCGACAUCGUUUGAGGACGAUUACGAACUACAACGUUUGCGCUUAAGUAGUCCAUCCUCCACGCUGAGCAGCACCUCACCAUACCUGGGACAGGUUGCACAAUGGCAGCAACGAUCGCAAAGCGACGUCAGCGUCAUUAUGUUCUCGAAUGCUGAAGGUGGCCCAGAUAUGAGCGCAGAUUCGAUGCUAGGCAUACAGGGACAAGGCUCAGCAGCUCAUCCCAGGUAUGCGUUCUCGCACUCUACAACCAGAGUAACAACCACUGCCAUAACCGACCCGGCACCUUCAGCAAUGCGUCUGCAACAAAGCGACCGCAUCAAUGGACACGGACUCGCCUACACGCCCAUCAUACCGUCUCCGCUCUCAAGGAAGAGGGCUAUUACCGGUAACAGCGACAGUGUCAUUGGGUCGCCACAUUAUCACAUAUCAGUGGUUCAUCGAAGCGGCGGCAUGUUCAAUGGAAUAGCGGGCAACAUGAAUGCAAACGAACCGCCCCAUCUCGGUUCGCAUCUUUCUACUGUAGCACGAGAGCGCAGGGCUGGCAGCUCCGGCUCGUUGAACAGCUGCUCGUCAAGCAUGGCCGUCGACGGCGCAAGUCCGAGUUCGCACGGAGACAGGCUUGGCCAGCGGGAUAGCGAUAUUGACAUGAUGGCAGAGCAUGCAAGCCCGCAGGGGACAGGAAUGGCCCAAGGCACAGCGCCAGGCUCAGAGGUGGGUGCUUCGAGCGCUAUCAAAGGACGCACGAGGACGGCCUGCAGCUCGCCGGGCCUCGUGUCGAGCGGUCCAGCAGGUGGGAAGCAGAUGCUCAGGUUCACCCUGGGCUACAGAGACGACUGCGAGCUUUGCCGGGCGAGAAUACCAGGACACUUUACGCACGUCGUACGCUCAACAGAAGGGGGCUGAGCACUGGCGACGACGCGACGUGAGACAAGAAAGCGGAGCAACAAGAACGCAGAGAAUCGCAACAACUCACAUGACAGGGGCUACGCCACAGCGCAUCAGAUGUAUUUCAACAUUCAGACAAAAAAUUCAGGAAACCGCGGUUUCAAUC